GCUCUGAGGGGCCAGCUGUUUCUGGCUAGAAGGGAUAGCUCUUCGUGUGUAUUCCUGCUAAAAUCCGCUUUAUUUGACAUUUUCCGAGGGCGUGGGGGGGAAUGGUGGCUGCGUGGGCGGCGUGGUGACCUGUGGGCGUGCGUGGGCGGCGGGAGAGGCUCGUGUGGGCGUGAAAUAAGGGUGAAACAGACCCAGAAGAGGAGGGAGGCAGACACACCCCUGUCACUCUUCUCUCCCUCUCUCUCUCUCUCUCUCUCUCUCUCUCUCUCUCUCUCUCUCCUCAGCAUCAAGAGACAAAGUGAGGUGAUGUGUGGGCGUGAAAAUGGAGGCGUGGGCGGCGUGCGGGCGUGAAGGCGCGCGUGUAGGCGUGUCCCCGCUCCGCCCCCUACUCACCCCCACUUGGAGCCGCCCACAAGACUCAACCACCCCCGCCCCGCCCCGCCCACCCACACACGGCUACCUGGCCUGUGAACGGGCACAGCAGGGGCGCAAAAGGAGGUGAUGGAGGACACACAUUCAAGAGACACCCCUGUUAAGAGUUUAUCACCCCAUUGGACACCCCUUCCCCGCCGGCCCCCCCUUGCACCCCCACCCCCCCACAGAGAGGCAUGGGUUGUGGCCCGAGCCUUCACGUCAGUAAUUCAGGCGUGUGCAAGGAGGAGGAGGAGGAAGAGGAGGUCGGAGGUACACACGCACAGACGGACACACAGACACCCGGCUCGAAUACUGCAGAGUCCAAUCACCAGCAGACAACGUACAACACCCAUCUUGGUCCCGGUACAAGACAGCAGGUCACUCACGCUUGGGAUGAUACUUCUCAGUCCAUGCAGCUGGUGACAGGAGGGGUCACACCUCACCUGGGAUUCAUCAAGAACUCCCAAAAACACCUGAAAGUACUCCUCGUAUUUAGAAAAGAAGAUUCAGUAUGUCAAGCGUGGAAGGCUGCAGUCUUCCGCCGGGGGGCACACUCACUCUCUCUCUCGCACCCUGGAGGAGGCUGUGAGGGUGGCGGGUGAGGAGGGGCCGGAGGUGGUGGUGGUGGAUGCGCGGCCCUCUCGUGGCCUCAAUGCUAAGGCCGUGUGUGGCGCUGUGAGGCACCGGCAGGCUGAGACGGGUCACGCGCCUGUUCUGGUGGCUGUUGUCAAGAAGAGUUUUGCAGAUCGGGAUGGCGCUACAGUGGGGCCCAUGCUGAAUGCUGGCUUCAACAGGGUGGUGACAGAGAGCAGCGCGGUUGGCAGUGUGCUGAACGAUCUUGUGCAGGUGGAAGUGUGCGAUGUUGCGGGCCAGACAAGGCUGCGGGGAUGCCAGGCGUUGCUCGGUGCCCUCGACGCCUGCAGAGAGCUGGUACACAUCACCGACACGCAUCACAACAUUAUGUUCAUCAACAAGGCCUGUGAAAACAUCUUGGGCUAUACAUUGGAGGAGGUCGCAGAGAGAAACCUUUGGGAACUUCACACCCCAGAUGUAAACAAGCAAGAUGGCCGCCAGUCUGACCACCACAGGCCCUCUCUGGAGUUCCGACAGCCCCCCCCACAGGCCCUGCACGAUGCCACGCCCACUCAUAGGCCUAUCCAGGACCAGGAUAAGCCUAUACAGCAGGAUAGCAAGGUACCUUUGGAAGCAUCUGAGUCAGUCAACUUGAACAUGAGGCGUGGCAAAGAGUGGGAGGGCCUGGUCACCUACAGGAGGAGGUCUGGGGGUGCCCUACACCUUCCCUCCAAAGUUAUACCUGUAAUGGUUCCACUCACCAGACACCAGCAACACUACAUAUAUGUCAGCGACACACACGCGCUGGAUCGUUUGGAGAUGUCGGCUGCCAAUGUGGACCACUUCCAUCCACGAGGGUCAAUCAAGUCGCUUCGUAAGGGAUCACACGACAUCCGGUCCCUUAGCAGUGAUGGUGUAACAGAGGCAUGCGAGUCAGUAGUGCAGCACAAGGUCUCGAGCGCCCCAGUAGAGAAGGAGCGGUUUUCCUUCUCCCGCGCCCCUACGGAGAAGAAGGGGCCCCAGGGAAUCAUCCGUCGUCAGAGCCUGGUCAAACUGCACUCCCUUACAAUUGAAGCUCCCAUUACCCGAGUCUUCUCCAUCAUUUCGGCAGCCCAAGAAAACUCCCCAGCCUACGUGGCCCAGGCGUUAGAGAGGGCCAUUGAAAUUCUCCGAUCGACCGAGCUUUAUUCCCCUCAACUCAUUUCCUCAGCUGCUGUCGAGACCUCUGUGGCCAGCAGGUCUGUGGCCGCCGACCCUGUGGCCACUGAUUUGCUGGGAGGCCUGCUGGCGCAAGGGCCGAAGCCACUGCUGUCCGUGCGCCGCAGCAGCAACGACACAGUGAAGGCCACACAGCAGCUGCCUCGAUCUUCUGUCCCAGCGCUUCACCAACAAGCCUCUUCAGCCAUCAGAGAGCUGUUGGCUGAGGACAUGUCAUGGAGCUUCGAUAUCUUCAAACUUGAGAGAAUAUCGGACAAACGGCCCUUAGUGUGGCUGGGGAUGUCCCUGAUGUGCC